AUGAAAAAUGGUUUUUUAUUUUUAACGAUAAUUUUAUUAUUAUCAAUUUUCAUUACAUUUUCAAAUUCUCAAAAUUUGUCAAAUUUGGAACAAAAUUGUUUGACGAAUUUGGGAAAUAAAAUUUCGAAAUAUAAAGAUCCAAAUUCAUGGUGUUCCUCUUUUUCUUGUGCUCUUUCAGCUGAUUCAUCAAAUUUAUAUAUAGAAACAUUAAAAAUUGAAAACACAAAUGGAGUCACAGCAGCUUUAAAUUACACUGACUUUAGUUGUUUCUCUAAUUUGACAAAAUUAGAUAUUACUCAUUAUACCUUAAACUAUAGUUCCUUUUUUGGUGAUAUUUCAGAAAAAGGCUUGGCAGUUUCAAUUGUUUUAAAUCAAACCUUUAAUUUUGAUUUCCCAAAAUUGGUAAACUUUCCAACAACUUCAUUAGAAUUUGUUUUGGCAUAUACACCAGGUACUAUUGGACAAUUUAAUGCAAGUUCUUUUGGAAAUUUAAAAUCAUUAAUUUUCACCACCAAUCCUCUACUACCAUCAAUUCCAGCAUCAAUGACUCUUCCCACUUUAUACAACGACUUAAAUUCAAACCAACAGAUUCAAUUAGAUAAAUUUCGAUUUGUGACCAGACAAGUUCCAAAUCUUAAUUAUUUUAACAUUACUGAAUUGUAUUUAGUAUUAGAACCAACUAUAACAGGGACUGGAGAUUUCAACUCUUUUACCAAUGUCCAAAUUUUUACUUUAAUCGUGGAUACAGACACACAGGUUAUUGGUUUCCCCAGUAUUUUUACAUUAAGUAAUAAUAUCAUACAAGCUGAAUUAAAAGCGAAAUUUUCCCCUCCUGCUUCCAUAAUUGAUAUUACACCUUCUUCAAAACUUAGAUCUUUGAGAUAUAUACAAAUUAAUACAGGAAUUUCAAGUAGUUUUGCUUAUCCACCUCCAAAUGGUUUCCCUUUAAUUCUUCCAACUUCAAUUGAAUUAAUCUUUUUUCCAAAUACUGGUUUUAAUUUACCUCAAUUAAAUAUAUUACCAAACUUAGGUUAUUUAGAUUUUUCAGCAAAUUCAAUUACAUCAUUACCUGCAAAUAUUGGCCCUUCCUUAAAAUAUCUCGAACUUUCAGAGAAUAGUAUAAGUGGAACAAUACCGCCUUUGUUAUUUUGCAAUAUGCUAUUGGAUGUUAAUAAUAAUAAUUUUAAUGGUUAUUUACCAGAGUGUUUUCAAUGCUAUUACAAUUUCCAACCAAUUUUAAGUGUAUUUUUUUCUGCGAAUCCAAAUUUAAUCGUUUCAGGACCAUGUACUUUAAAACCAGUACCUAAUUUUAGUUUGGAUCCAGUUUUAAAAACAUUUAGGUUAUGGGGUUCAAAUCUUGGGUAUGCUUAUCCUACUACACCAUCCAACGUUUCAUUUACAUUAAUUUCAAUACCAAAUUCUGAAUUUUUUGGUACUUACAAUGAUAUAAUGACAGCAUCAGUAAUAGAGUUUUCCUUUAUGGGUUCAAGCUUUACAUUACCUUUGACUCCAAACCCACCAAAUAUUUUCAAUGUCCAUUCGGAUGGAGUUGCAUCAUUCUCAUUUAAUGGUCAGUAUUUCACAUAUAACACAAGUGAUGUAACAAUUACACUUAGUGGAUAUCCAUGUCAAGUGACUUUUGCAUCAUUUCAAACCAUAGCUUGUAUGGGACCAUCAUUCCAAAAUAGUUCUGAAUUGGUUGUAAACUUUAAAAUUGGAAUUUAUUCAACCCAAAUUUCAGUGAUUCUAGGUGCAGAAAGUAAUAAUGUUACAAUGUGUACACAGAGUUGUAAUCAUGGUUAUUGUAGUACUGUAGGUACUGUUGGCAAAUGUAUUUGCAAUCCUGGAUAUGCAGGUAAUGAUUGUUCCGUUUCAAAUCCAUGCUCUUCAACUUGUUUGAAUGGUGGAAAUUGUGAUUAUUUUAAAGGUAUAUGUAAUUGUACCUCAAGUUGGAGUGGUACUGAUUGUGGAACACCAUAUAUUGAAUGUGCCAAUGAAUGUAAGAAUGGUCAAUGUAAUUAUCAAACUGGUAUGUGUUUAUGUAAUAUAGGUUGGGGAGGAACAAUUUGUAAUGAAUUUUCACUUGAUUGUCCAAAGAAUUGUAGUUUUUCAAGUGGGGGUGGUGUUUGUAAUCGUACAGUAGGCGAAUGUAAAUGUAAUUCAAAUUAUCAAUCAAAUGAUUGUAGUAUCCCAUAUGUUGAAUGUAAUAGUAAUUGUAAUAUUAAUUCAAAUGUUGGAAAUAAAUGUAAUAAUCAAACCGGUAUUUGUAUUUGUUCUACCGAUUGGCAAGGUUUAUCUUGUGAAUCACCAAGUCAUUAUAUCUCAUCAAUUCAACCAACAAACACUGAUGGUGGAUUUGUUUUAAUUUAUGGAUGGUUUGGUGGUAGUGGUUAUCAUAAUAAUCCUAUGGUUACAAUUGGUACACUUGAAUGUAAAAUAAAUUCAAUCAAUGAAUCUUUGAUUAAUUGUACAAUUGGUAGUGGUUCUGGUACUAAAUCAGUUUCAGUACAACAAAAUGGUUAUUCAUAUGUUGGAAAGGAUAUUUUCCAUUAUACUGAUAUUACUUAUAAAUGUCCAAAUGAUUGCUCUGGACAUGGUACUUGUAACAAAUUAAUUGGUCAAUGUAAAUGUUUUAGUGGAUGGGGUGGUUUUGAUUGUAAUGGUAAAAAUAUAGUUCAAUCAUCUUCAACAACAACAACUACUACUACUACUACUACUACAACAUCAGCAUCAACAACAGCAACUACAACAUCUGGCAAUACAACACCAGAGCCAACACAAGAACCAAUUGUAAUUCCAGAGACAGUUACAACAAUUAAUACAACUAUUGGUUCAGCUUUAAUUAAUAAUGAAAAAACUUUAUAUGAAAUUAAAAUUUCAAAAAUUGUUGAAUUAGAUUUCAAUGGUGAAUCAGUUAAAACUAUAAAUUUACAAGAGAAAUGGAAUGUUGAAAUAAUAGCAGAAAAUAAUACAUACAUUUUCAAACAAACAUUAAAUGGUACAAAUUGUACAGUAACCUAUUCAAUUGAAGAGGUUAAAACCACUAGAGAUUAUAAUUUUGCAGGAUUGGAUUUAACAUUGGAUGCUGGUGGUAUUAAAAUCACAGUUAAAAUUGAAAAUUAUCAAUAUUUAAAUUCAUUAAAUACAUUACAACUUCAAAUUGAAUCAUUAAUUGGUUCAACAGCAAAAGACCAAAAUGAUGAUGAAGAUAACGAAUGUAAUAAAGAGAAUUUAUCAGUAGAUACAAAUGAAAUGGACAAAGAUCAAUUAUUAAAUUAUAUAACAAUUUCAAAAGAUCAAAAAAUAUUAUAUGGUAGAUUUAUUAAUAGAGUCGUCAGUGAUACUAGACCAACAUUUAUUACAACAUCAGUAGUUUCAAAUAAUGGAAAUUCAGUUAUACUUGGUUUAAAUUUACCACAUUGUAUAAAUUCAUGUUUAAUUGAUCCUGAUUUCUCUGUUUUAGUUUCUUCAUCUUAUAAAACCUGUGAUAAUUCUAAAGAUUCAGGAAGACCAGCUUGGCUUUUACCAGUUGCUAUAGUUGUACCAUGUGUUGUUGUGGCUUCAAUAAUUAUAAUCGGUGCUGUAAUAUAUAGAAAAAAUAGAAUGGCAAUUUUAGUUGCAAAGAAUAAAUAUUCAUUUAGUCUUAGAAAAAUGUCUAAAAAAAAUUAA